AUGAGAGAAUUGGUGAUACUGCAAGAAGAAGAAAUGAAAGACUUUGCACAGUCAGUAGAGGAAGGGGGCUCUCAGCGAAAAGGACCUCUUGUAACUCGAUCUUUCCGAAUAAGGAAUGAAAUUGUUCGAGUGGGACUUGCUGAAUGUCUUUGCUCAUAUGUAAUGAUGGUGUUUGGCCUCGGCUCUGUGGCGCAGGUCGUGACUGGACAAGGAGAUUUUGGACAUUACAUAAGCAUCAACCUAGGCUUUGGGCUAGGUGUUGCGAUAGGUGCUCAUGUUGGAGGAAAAGUUUCAGGCGCUCAUAUGAAUGCAGCGGUGUCCUUCGCCAUGUGUACGUUUGGCCGUCUCGCAUGGAAGAUGUUCCCCUUCUAUUUGUUUUCACAGCUACUGGGGUCCUUUUUGGCAGCAGGGACAGUUUAUGCGGUGUAUUAUGAAGCAAUACAUGACUAUUGUGGGGGAAAUCUGACUGCAACUGGUGAAAAGGCUACAGCUAGUAUAUUUGCCACCUAUCCUGCCCCAUACCUUUCCUUAUUUGGUGGAUUCAUUGACCAGCUAUUUGGUACAGCAAUCCUACUGCUGUGCCUGAUGGCUUUUUCUGACCAGAAAAACAAACCAGCUGCUGCAGGCAGUGAGCCUACACUCGUGGGUCUCUUGGUGCUACUCAUUGGCAUUUCUCUGGGCAGCAAUAGUGGCUACGCAAUCAACCCUACCAGAGACUUUGGACCGAGGCUCUUCACAGCCAUUGCAGGUUGGGGAACUGACGUCUUCAGGGCUGGAAAUGGUUGGUGGUGGGUACCCAUUGUUGCCCCUACGAUUGGAGGUGUACUUGGUGCAGGUCUCUACAUGGUUUUGAUAGAACUUCAUCACCCUCCACUCUCUGAAAAUUGUGCUGGUGCUGGGGUAACUAAAGAGUUAGAGAAGGAAACUGCAUCGCUGGAAAAACAAAACUUUGACACUGAUUUGUGUGUCUGA